AUUUGUCGUGUACCCUAAUUCUACUAACAACGAUUCUUCCUCUCACCUUCGCACAAAUCUAACAUAUCUUUUCUCCACUUCUUCUCACAUAUAAAAACAGACUAAUCUCAUCACUCUUGACCAUAACAAAUUCCAGCCAUCACAAUUUUCUCUAUUUCUCGUUUGAGCCUGUAGUCUUGAUCGUGAAAUAUCGUUGAAUAAUCCGAACAUCGUAAAAUAUAUUAUUUAUGGACUCUCGUCCGAAUUUCGCUGCCCUCAGGGAACUCCAAGACUCCGCGAACAAUUUACUCCACUCUCCAACCACGAAACGUGCAUUACUCCAGCACGAAGAGAAGUACGUUGAUGAGGUUUGUGAAGCGUCUCUCCAAAUGCUUGACAUUUGCGGCACCACCAAAGAUGUUCUUAUGCACGUAAAAGAUCAUCUUCAAGAGCUUCACUCCACGUUCCGUACCAUCAGUGUAGGCGAAACCACGGUCGAGAACAGGCUUGGAGCUUAUUACGUUCACCGAAAGAAACUCAAGAGAGAAAUGGUGAAUUGUUUGCGGUCAUUGAAAGAAAUGAAGUCGGAUCACAUCUAUCCUAUUGAUCAUAAUCUGGCCGUGGUUGUGAAUGUGUUGAGAGAAGUGAGGAUUACGAUGAUUUCGACAAUGGAGUCUCUGAUGUCCUUAAUGUCUAUGCCUAGUCCCGAUUCGUAUAAAUCAUACAUAGGGACGUUUACAUCGAAAUUCAUCCGUGUUAAUAGUCUGAGCUUGUGGGAGAAUUGUGAUUCGACGACGUUUCAGACGGGGAAUAAAAGAUUAGAGGCUGUGGAGGUCGCUAUUGAGGAUCUUGAAGUUGAGUUAGAAUGUAUUUUUCGGCGCUUGAUUGAGACCAGAGUUUCGCUUCUAAAUAUACUCACCAAUUAGGCUAUGAUACUAAAAAGGGAUCGGAAACUAUGAUUUUAAAGGUUCUGAUUCCUGUGUAAGAUAGUUCUGCUCAUAGCUCAGCUAUAGAAGUAGUGAUAUCGAUUCUCUGAUUCUUCAUUAUUCGCCCAUGACUAUGAAAAUGAAUGAGAAGUUUGUUUCGCAUGUCAUUUCUAGCUGGUUUGUAAUGAAUUUACAAUGUGUUAUACUAUUCUUUUAAAGAUAUGAUUUAUUUGGUUUCA